CCGCGUGGGAUCUCUGCGCACUUAAGAAGUUCCCGUAUGGACUUUGCGUUGGAAAUUCGCUGCUUUCCUCGUAUUUUUUUAGUUCAGUCAUGUUGAAGAACAACGCGAAGAAGACGGCCGUCUCCGCGGGCACCGCGGCGGCUCUCUGCCUGCUCAUGUUGGUGGUCGCCGUGCGGCAUCACGGAGCUCGUGUGGCCGCGGAGAACACCGGCCGGGAGGAGACUCGCUCGCUCCCCGGGGAUGAGGAUGAGGCGGCGGCGGUGGAGGGCGCCGGUCACAAGGGAUUCUCGGCAUACUUCGGCAAGCUGAGCCGCGGGCGCAGGGAGGCGGAAAAGCCCGCCGCACGCUCCUCUGGCUCCGCCGGCGACCUCGCGACGCUCCCGGCCGAGGACAUCGGGCCCGAUGACCUGUUCAUCGCGGUGAAGACCACCAAGAAGUUCCACCAGCCCAGACUCAAUCUGCUCUUGGACACUUGGAUCUCCAGGAGCAUGCAACAGACGUACAUCUUCACAGACGGCGAGGACGAAGAGCUCAAAAGGAAAAUCGGUGAGUUAUACUGGAGUCACGCCAUCAACACGAACUGUUCGGCCGCUCACAGCCGACAGGCCCUGUCAUGCAAGAUGGCCGUGGAGUACGACAAGUUCAUCGAGUUGGGCAAGAAGUGGUUCUGUCACGUGGACGACGACAACUUCGUGAACGUUCGCGCUCUGCUCAAGCAGCUCUCGCAGUACCAGCACACCCAGGACGUGUACAUCGGGAAACCCAGCCUGGACCGGCCCAUAGAGGCCACCGAGAGGCUGGGCGACAAUAAGAUGAAACCAGUCAACUUCUGGUUUGCCACUGGAGGGGCAGGCUUCUGUGUGAGUCGUGGUCUGGCACUCAAGAUGAGCCCGUGGGCCAGCGGCGGCCAUUUCAUGAACACGGCGGAGAAGAUCCGCCUGCCUGACGACUGCACCGUGGGCUACAUCAUCGAGUCUGUGCUGGGCGUCUCUCUCAUCCGCAGCAACCUGUUCCACUCGCACCUGGAGAACCUGCAGCAAGUGUCCAGAUCUGAGAUCCACAAACAGAUCACUCUCAGCUACGGGAUGUUUGAAAACAAGAGCAAUAUCAUCAACUUGAAAGGAGCUUUCACCGUAGAGGAGGAUCCAUCCAGGUUCAAGUCAGUGCACUGCCUCCUGUACCCCGACACCCUGUGGUGUCCACCCCAGGUUGCCUUCUAGGGCGACCGCUCCUCUCUCAUCCUCGUCCUCCGUCUCGCCUCGGUAUCUGAAAGG